AUGUUGUCGAAGGCUGUAGUGCAGAUUGAUGAUCUUGAAUCUACGUUUCCAGGCCUCAGUCAUGUGCAUCCAGCUGCUGCACCGGUGGGCCUUGAUUCUGCACCUGCGAGCACCACUCAAGCGUCAUCUUCAGACACCUCCCUUAUUCUUCGAGAAUUGUGUAUUAUAAAACGGCAGCUCCGGACUGUCACAAGAUUGAUUGCACAAUGCCAAAAGCCAACUUCAAUUGAGGAGGAAGUGAAUGCGUUGCUGCCACUGAAAACUGAGGAGGAUGUUGAUGAACUUGAAAAAAAGCUGCGGUCAAGCCAACAAUUUUACACGCAAAUGGUCAAUCUGCUCACUGGCGUUGGAGGCAGUAAUGUUAAUUCUGCAGCAUCCCGUGUGAUGGCCAGGCUGUUCGAGGAUCAGCUUGGACAAAAGUACAGCCUGUACGGACAGAAGGGGAAGCUAGCGUUUUCCAACUUGCAGCUUUUCACUGUACUCCAGAAGGCUGUCCGGCAGAUGCCAGGGAUGUCAAUGGCCUCACUCCGAAACAUUCAAGAUGGUGUAAAGACAUGGCUGAAGAAUUGCCCGGCACGUGUCAAGACUGCUGCGAAGAAGAACCGCUCCAUGCCUGGUGCCACUGAUCCAGCACAGUGAUUGCACACAUGCAAAUUUUUCAAGUUACAGAGAUGACUCAAGAUGGCGGUGCUGCCAUAGACACGCUUUACUAUGGACCCACCUUUUUUUUUACUCAAUUUUCAUUGUCUGUAUCUUUUUCUUGUUUGUUUUUUGUUUCUUUCAUGUGUUUCUAUUUAAUCAAUAAUCCAUUUUUUGUGUAAUGGGGCCUUAGAAAGUGAACUGGGGUGGAAAAGAAA